AUGGCAACGAACGCUUGGUAUGGUGGCGACCAAUAUUACUGGACUGUAGUGAGCGCCAUCGUGUGCUUGGCUCUCAUCUUCGGAUAUUUGGCGAUGCCUUCGCCGCAAAAUCGAGCGGUGCUGCGGUUACCUAGACCAUCAGGAUACUUGCCUGUGCUAGGGAACACUUUGCUUGUAGCUCGCGUGCAGCUUUCUGGACGCUUUCAUGAUUGGGUCUUCGACAAUUGUCGUGAGCAUCAAGGAAGACCUUGGUGCAUGCAUGUUCUUGGCAAGGCGCCAACUGUAUUUGUGUGCACACCUGGAGACUUCGAGGAUGUCCAGAAGACGCAAUACGAAGCUUUUGGCAAGAACCCUCUCUUUGUCGAGGCCGCGACUGACGUGCUUGGGCAAGGGGUGUUUGCAAUCAGUGGCCCAUUGUGGUUUCACCAGCGCAAAGUCGCAAGUCGCUUGUUCUCAACGCAAAUGGUCCAGCACAACAUGGACGUGGUGGUGUCGGCUAAAUGUAAAGAGCUGAUGAGGUGUCUGGAUCUUGCUAGUGAACAAGAGAACUCGACGAAUGGUGUGGUGGGUUUGAAGUGGAUGCUGGACUUGUUUACGAUGGACGUGUUUUGCAAAGUUGGUUUUGGAAUCGAGAUGCAAGGAAUGGAAAGGGAGCCGAUUAUUGCGAUGUUGGAGGCGCUACAGAGAUCAUCAGCUCGGAUUGUCGGACGUAUCCUGGAGCCAAGCUGGUGCUGGAAGCUACGACGUUGCCUGAACAUUGGCGCUGAGAAGCAGUUCGCGAGCGAUAUGAAGCGCGUGAAUGACAUGCUUUACAAAUUCAUCGCACGUUCAAUGGAAGAAAAAGCCAGCAGUGAUGUUGAUCGUCAAGAUGACUCGGAUCCCCGUAUGGAUCUUAUCUCGCUACACCUGGAGCAAGAAGCCGCUGACAAUGGAAAGGAUAACGAGGUUGUACUCACGAAGCUGCGCGAUUUCAUCGUGAGCUUCUUAGCAGCGGGACAAGAUACCACCGCGACCGCAAUGUCCUGGUUUGUCGUGAUGAUGAAUCGGUACCCGAAGGUACUCGAACGCGUGCGCGAAGAAGUGCGAGCUAAACUGCCAGAUCUUGCGAACGGUAAACAGCGCGUACCGAGCCUUCACGAGACUCACCAUCUAGUGUACUUGGAUGCGACAAUCAGGGAAACUCUUCGUCUGUACCCUGUGGCACCUAUUAGCGGUCGCACGGCAACGCGGGAUGUGACACUGUCGAAUGGACUCUUUCUCGUCAAAGGCACGUCGGUGCAUAUGCCGCACUAUGCGAUGGGCCGAAUGAGAUCUGUAUGGGGCUCAGAUGCAGACGAGUUCAAACCCGAGCGGUGGAUUGACCCUCAUUCAGAAAGAGUGAGUGCGGUGUCUCCGUUUAAGUUCACUGCGUUCUACGGGGGACCGCACGCGUGUUUGGGCAUGAAGUUUGCGAUGUCUGAGAUCAAGAUUACACUUGCUGCUCUACUCAGUCGCUACGACUUCAAAACACUGCGAGACCCGUUCGAUUAUACGUACCGAAUGGCGCUGUCGCUGAGGAUUGACGAUGGCCUGAAUGUUGCGGUGUCUCAUGUGACGGAACGGAAGCAGCAAGAGCUGUCGCAGGCAUUUCAACGCAGCGCAAGUUAG